AUGAAACUUGAUGUUAGUAUAGUGACUUGUGUGACGGUCUUCUCCAAUGUGGCAAACGCAUUCUGGCGUCUGCCCUGUCGCGGACGAAGUGGGAUGGCUCGGAUUGAUCCCAUAGUGGCACCUGGGAUACCAUCGGAUCAUGUACACGCAGUUCAUGGAUCGGGCGGCUUCUCGAUGUCAGCCAACGAGGCUAGUCUCAAGCAAUCGAGCUGUACUUCUUGCGCGGUCACCCAGGACAAGUCAGCAUAUUGGGUACCUGCGUUGUAUUUUAUGCAUCAAAACGGCGACGCUGAGCUUGUCAAUGAAGUGGGCGGAAUGCUUGCCUAUUACCUUCUCAAUGGCGACAACGUGACGGCCUUUCCUGAGAAUUUCCGCAUGAUGGCAGGAGACACAUACAAGCGUGACUUCCCCUGGCCUAUCCCUGAUCCUCCGCAGUCAGAGUGGUCUGGCAACGAUCUAACACAGGAUGCGCUUCGUCAGAAGGCCGUCGGCUUCAAUUGUCUCAAUUACGAAAAGAACCCCGAGCCCUCGUUGGGCCGUCACUACUUGCCAGACAAGACAUACUUGGACGAACACUGUACUGAAGGAAUUCGGUUUGAAUUGAUGUUUCCUUCUUGCUGGAAUGGGAAGGAUGUCGACACGCCGGACCACAAGUCUCACCUGGCCUAUCCCUCGCUGGUGAUGGAUGGAGAAUGCCCGAAAGGCUUUGAGCAUCGCCUUGUUUCGCUCUUCUAUGAGUCCAUCUGGGACACGUACGCAUUCAAGAACAAGAAGGGCACGUUUGUAAUUUCAAAUGGUGACCCUACAGGCUACGGCUACCAUGGUGAUUUUAUGUACGGCUGGGACUCAGAGGUGCUCCAGCAGGCUGUUAACACGUGCACAAACAUGUCUGGAGAAGUGUCAGACUGUCCAAUCUUCAAUCUUCAGAGCGACGAGAAACAGGACCAGUGCCACUUUCCCGUCCCAGAUGCUCUAAAGAAUGAAGAUGUGAACUAUCACAAGGGUGGCCUUCCGAACAAUCUCGCCAUUCAAUCCGGACCUGCAUAUGCGAGCCCAGUUAGAUACACCACCACCGCCGGGGGCCACGCUGCAGCAAUGUCUCCGGCAACAAAUCCUUCGAGCUUAGCCGGAUAUCUCUUUGCGAGUUCAAAUUGGGAACAAAUCACUACUUGGUCACCACCCUCGAGUACCUCGUCUGCCGACACGGUUCCCUCUACAACCUUCGUCUACGUUGAACAAGAAAUUAUCGUACUCGUGGAUGAUCAAGGCGUUCCCAUUGAGACGCAAACUGGGAGUCUAGAAACAGUUUCGAAAGCCAGUUCGACUAUCUCCAGUGGCGUGUCCAGUGGCCUACCUGCGCCCACAAGGCCUCUCUUCAAGCGAGAUGGAUUUCAUAACCAUGCUCACAAACAUUAUCGCCAUGGACACUCCCACUGAUGGGCGUAGUAUCCAUUCCACUGAUUCGUUCGGCGUGCUGUUGUGACUUUGUUUACUUUUCGGAUAUACUUUGUUCUUUCUUCAUCUCUCGUUUCUGCGAUGGUCAAUGACCAUCUUUAUGAUGUAUAUGCUAGAUAUCUCAGCUUUUGUCCUCGAAGGAUUGGCUGACU